GAAAGCCAUUCAUCAGCUUCCGGUGUUGAGGAGGACCAGGGAGACGGAGGGAGAAAGAAAAGCGGGCAUACACUGUUUUCUUCAUACUCUUCGCCGACCUCCAAACCCACAAGGCGUGCGCCUUUUGGAAUUUGAAGGCGGCCGACUUAUCUUUCGGGUCGGCCAAUUCACCGCGGAAGUUUGUUUUUGGCGUGCAGUUGAAUUGUCCCCAUUCAUUCCGUUGUCUGUGCUAGCACGCUAAGCUAAGCUAUUUUAGAGUCUGCUGCGCCAGGCCUUUUUUUCCUCCUGCUGGACUUUGUUACUAGCUCGUUUUGCUAACCCACGUUUUUUUUUCCUCCGAUGACUUUCCCCAUCAUCUGAGAAAUAAAACCCACUGCUCUUUUCUGUGCUAAUCAGAAUCUAGUAAUUCUAUAGUGGGUUUCCAGUCGUCGCUAAAUUCCGCGUGCAACCUUUUUUUGGGAGGGGGGCGGUUUCGAGGAGCACUUUUUUAAGCGAAUAACGCAGACCCGCGGAAAGCCGCCGAAGCUUGCAGAGAUGUCAGACUUCGACGAAUUUGAACGGCAGCUGUCUGAAAACAAGCAAGCUGAGCGGGACAAGGAGAACCGGCAUCACCGCCGCUCCGGCUCCCGUAGCCGCAGCCGAGACAGGAAGAGGCGAAGCCGAGACAGGGACAGACGUAGCCGGGAUCGCCGUGGUGACAGUAAGGAUCGCAGACACAGACGCAGCUCACCACCGAGCUACCCACAGGACAAUACUGCAAGCCGUUCCCCGCACCGCGAGAAGAAGAAGAUCAAGGUGAAGAAGUACUGGGAUGUGCCACCACCUGGUUUUGAAAACAUCAGCCCCAUGCAGUACAAAGCCAUGCAAGCUGCGGGCCAAAUUCCAGCGACGGCACUCUUGCCCACCAUGACUCCGGACGGCCUGGCCGUCACUCCCACCCCCGUGCCCGUCGUGGGCAGCCAGAUGACCCGACAGGCUCGCAGGCUCUAUGUGGGAAACAUCCCCUUCGGGAUCACUGAGGAGUCAAUGAUGGACUUCUUUAACGCUCAGAUGCGUUUGGGUGGUCUUACUCAGGCCCCGGGAAAUCCCGUGCUUGCUGUGCAGAUUAACCAAGAUAAGAAUUUUGCCUUCCUUGAGUUCCGCUCAGUGGAUGAGACAACACAGGCAAUGGCUUUUGAUGGAAUCAUCUUUCAAGGCCAGAGCCUGAAAAUUCGCCGUCCACACGAUUACCAGCCACUGCCGGGCAUGAGCGAGAACCCCAGUGUCUAUGUGCCUGGUACACAGACAAUUAAUGGUCUUGUUGUCAACACAGGAGUGGUAUCCACAGUGGUGCCCGACUCAGCCCACAAGCUCUUCAUCGGCGGGCUGCCCAACUACCUGAAUGACGACCAGGUGAAGGAGCUGUUGACGUCCUUUGGGCCCCUGAAGGCCUUCAACCUGGUGAAGGACAGCGCAACAGGCCUGUCCAAAGGAUACGCCUUCUGCGAAUACGUCGACGUCAACCUCAAUGACCAGGCGAUCGCCGGGCUCAAUGGCAUGCAGCUAGGAGACAAGAAGCUCCUGGUGCAGCGAGCCAGUGUGGGAUCUAAGAACGCCACUCUGACCAGCAUCAACCAGACGCCCGUCACGCUGCAGGUGCCGGGCCUGAACAGCACCGUGACCCAAAUGGGCGGCCUGCCCACCGAGGUGCUGUGCCUGAUGAACAUGGUGGCGCCCGAGGAUCUGGUGGACGAUGAAGAGUACGAGGAGAUCGUGGAAGACGUCCGGGACGAGUGCAGCAAGUACGGCCAAGUCAAGAGCAUCGAGAUCCCGCGGCCCGUCGACGGCCUGGAAGUGCCCGGCACCGGGAAGAUCUUUGUGGAGUUCAUGUCGGUGUUCGACUCCCAGAAAGCCAUGCAAGGCCUGACAGGAAGGAAAUUUGCCAACAGAGUAGUGGUGACCAAGUACUGCGACCCUGAUGCGUAUCACCGCCGGGACUUCUGGUAGAGGAGGCAAGACGG